AUGAUCUCCCAAAUCUCGACCAGCCUCCUACCAGCAAAAGACGAUCCCAUGAUCAGCUUCCAAAAGAAAGAUCUAAUCAGCUUCGAUCUGCCACACAACGAUGCUCUUAUCAUAAGCAUUCAAAUCUCUCAGGUCAUGGUUGACCGAAUCCAUGCAGAUAAGGGCAGCGCAGCCAAUAUCUUGCAACUGGCAGUCAUCCAACAGAUGGGCUUGGAGACGAAGAUCAACAGUUCAGCCAAGUCGCUGACUGGCUUCAAUGACGCGACUACGGUUACCGUGGGCACGAUAGACCUCGACAUCUACUCUCCACCAGUGAUCUCACAAACCUUCAUGGUCGUUGAUGAAGUCUCCCCUUACAACGGCAUUUUAGGUAGACCAUGGAUUGGCAAGAUCAACGCUGUCACCUCCACCACACAUCAGAAAAUUGUACCUAAUCCCUAA